AUGACUUGUCGUCACAUUGUCGGAAGUUCACCAUGUACUGGUCACAAUCUGUUGACAGACAAUCAUGCUCAAAUUGUGAUUGACCCAGAUGACAUGGGACACGUCAGCAAACAUUCAAAGUCAAAUUUCGAACAAAGAAAAGGUACUCUGAAUGAGAAUACGGACGUCAUAAUGUUGCGUCGCAUUAUAGAAUAUUCCUUUGUACUUCCCAUUGCCCCAAAUGCUGUCCACAAAUGGAAUACAAAGCUUGAAACGGACACCUGGCUCCAACAGGUAAAGUACGAGAUCCCUGACGAGGCAAUAGCUUCCAAUGCGGAAGGUCCAAAAGUUCAAUAUGAAGCCGAAAUUAAUUGUACUCACAGAGUGUCAAGUCAAACAGUACAUCUGAAGCUUUUGAAUCAACAUACCUGUCUCCUUCUGACAGUUAACUUAACUCAAAGGGAUAUAUUCUUAUGGAGAAGUAACAUCCAAGAAAAUAAGAAAGGCACGUUGAGUAAAAUGUUUCCUGAACGACCUGGAUCACUUAAGGAGAGUAACAAAUUCUGUGUAAUCAUUCGUUCAAAUGUUUACGGAGCUUCAGAAUUAGUAUCUCAUAAUGGGUUUGAAGAAGAUCAGGAAGAAACAGGCCUUCCGAUGCUGAUGCAGAGUUUACAUUUACCUGAAGCUCCCGGUAAACGUGACGUCCCAUCAAUGAUAUACCCUGAGCUAUCCUACAGAAAUCAGAGUAACUCAGUUUCGGAGCACACAACCGAUAAAAGUCAGACUAAAGUUUCCGGGCCAGUCGACGCUGAAAGAGCUAUCAAUAUGCUUAAAAAGGUUCAUGAUCAGUCUUACUCAAUCCCAUCUUUGUCCCGAUCAUUGAUGAAAUCAAGUCAUCGAUCAGAAUUGAAUGAGAAACCAAGGUCAUCUGUAUAUGAGAAAAAGCUAAUAAACCAUAGUGUUCACAAAAGCACACAGAACGGGAGCUCACAAGACCAGCGCGUACCAUCUCGACCUAAAAAUGGUCGGCUGACUGGGAAACGGGUUGAACAGGUUCCCGUCAACCCAUCGUCUCUGCCAAAGUCCACUAGAGUGAGAUCAACGCAUUCGGCAAAACAUGCUUCACUGUCUACAGCACACACGGCAUUGCGUUCAUCAUUGGCUUUCUCGAUCGACGACCGUCCGAAAAUCCCAAAAAGCAAACGUAAAACAUCGUCCGAAAUCUCGUCAGCAAGUAAACUACACGAACGGAAUUCCGAUGACUCUGCUCACAGAAAAGAAACACCUGCGAAGGUCAAUUACACAGGAAAAGGUUCAGGACAACAUCUGGCAAUGCCAAAACUUUCCGGUAAGGUUCUCGACAUCUUUGUGAAUGAAGAAUCUUCUAGAAUGAGUCCAGCUAUGGGACCCUCGAGGAGGGACCAGUCACACUCAAGAAAGCAAAAUGAGAAAUCCAAAUUUCGGAGCCUUCUGAACCUCUAUAAGAUUCGAUCUGAAGCUGAUGUAUCUAAAUGCAAAGGGAGCAUUUCUAAGGCACAAUGGGUUGAAUAUAACAUGGCAUGUACACCAAAAAGUCAAGUCAUCGCGAGACGAGACAACAGACUGCGGCACGUGAACAAAAUCCACGUGCGUUCUCAAUCCUGUCAGUUUGAUCGGUCUAGUGAACUGAUCAGGCAUGCGGUCCAUGACCGUUAUGACAUACAUAUUAACCUUCCAUCUACCUCUGUAUGUCACUUGGAAUUCGCAAGUCUCCAAGAGGGUAUAUUUCUUGUACUUGGAUGCGUAUCCAUAAGAAAAACAAAAGAACACUUCAGAGAGUCAGCACAGGAAGUACACGUCUUUCAAGACGUUAAACAAGAAGACUUUCAAUCAAAAGACAGAGACCCUGAUCAGCCGUUGUUGGAAGGCCAGCAUCACGCAUCUAGCAAGCAAAGGGAAGAACCGAGUGUUUUGGCAGCUUCUACAGCUGGCGGAUUUAGAGAAAUUUGCGUUCCGGGUGAUAGAAUACUGCAUGAACAUGCUGUCUCAUUAUCAAAAGAAAACGCCUUUCACAAAACGCAUUUGAACAUACCUCAUAAGCAACGAAAGAAUUUUGUAUUCGAGGAAGUAGGAACGUCACGCACUGACGACACAAACAGAACUCAAAGUUCAGGUAUAGCAGAAAGGAUAAUAAGUAGUAGAACAAUUCACAGAAACAAGCAUUUCGGCUCGAGAACAACAGAUUUGGCACUGCAGCUAUCGCUGCAUAACAGUCAACCAAGCUCCAGAUUACGGCAUGAUAAUACCACCAAGUUAUCCGCGGCCAAACUGAAACGCGAUAUGACAACACAUGGACAAAGUAGGUCUACUUGGAAUGAACGUCGAAAAGCUCUGAAAUCUCCAGGCGCAUAUUCUACCAGACAGUCAGAAAUCAAACCCAGAGUAAACCAAGUUCAGAAGGCCUCACAAGCCCACCUAAAGAGAAUAAGGGAAGCCAAACCAACGACUUCAAGGAGACCUACUGAACACUUCCGGCGUCACCCAAGUUUGCACCAGAUGAAGGUGUCUUCAACCCACCAUCAACCAAUAUUGCAAAGAGUCACACAGUAUAUGGAGUCGGAAACUGCAUUGGCCCAUCCACGACAGAGCAUCUCGGAGAAACCUGCCUUCGCGAAACCACAGGAUGAAUUGAUACAAUCUAAUCUAGAACCCGUAAAACAAUCAAACCCUAACUUACUUUAUGCAAAUCGCAAUAUUUUUGCGGAUUCGGACAUGCCAACUUCCAUUUCUAUACCUCUAAGAAAGUCGAGAUCGCAAAUAUUAAGAAGACGUAGUCAAGUAACUACCCAGGAACUUAACAGGUCAGUUCCGCCAUACGAAAUACGAGCUAACCCUGACACUUCUGUUGAUCAGACUGUCAUCGCUGAACGACAAUGGGGUACGAAUACAAACGUAAGGAGUCAACAAGAUAUUCCAAAACAUACUGAGAGCGUACUUUCUAUAGACGAUGUUUUUCGCCUUCAGUCGGCUAUGCAUAGCGGAAAAACAGUCUAUCCGGUUAUCGAUGACUUGCUAGAGACAAAUUUCAGACAGGAUGAUAAGCAAUACCGAGAUUUAGAGAAGACUGAACAUAUAAACCAAAUAAGCCAAAUAAGAGAUUCCGAUUCAACCUUAUCAAGUAUUAGAGCGCAUAAGCUAGUAGAUCCAGCGUCGCCGUCAUCUCAUCAGAAACAACCUGAACUCACUGAUGAGCUGUCUGUAGUCGAAUACAGUUUUCCACAGUGCCUGGACUUUAAUAAUCAGCAAAACGAGAAGCCACUGAAUUAUCAGUCAUCAAGUGAACCCGAGAUGGGUGAAUCCGUCAUGAAAUAUGUUGAUCGACCAGCUAGCAUAACAUCUUUCAACCCUAAAGUGAGUAGAAGCAGCAGGGUAUCGCACCUAUCGUCGAUUAGCACUAGAGACACAAAUGAAGACAGGCCCAACAGCUUGGUGAGGAGUUUUCGCAGAACUUCAGACCGCUCGACUUCCACUACGUCCGGGCAAUCUCUAAUUGGCGACCGCUUAAGAUUUGAGAAAUAUUCACUGGACAGACCAUUCUGGGAGAAUAGAAGGGAUUCUAAAGAAACUGUUUUCAGUUCGGGAAAACGUCGAGAGCUUAUCCAGCUAGAGCGGACAUCUUUACACCACUGGACACCAAGCAAGCCCAGCGUAAUUCACAAGCGCCAGGCAGAAUCAGCUUCUGGAAGUUCGGUAAGAGGUGUUGGACAGUCCAGUGAAAAAGAACCACGUGUAUCGAGAUUGGAACGACUUGACCAGUCGAUUAAUCAACAACUGGCUAAGUCGCCCACGCUACAUGAUGGACAAGUUGAAUCUGCAGACUCUAGAGAUCGGAAUACACAACUAGAAGUCCAACCGUACUUGGCACAGCCAAGUGAGACGACGCAUUUUCGUGAAAUGACCUCUAUGUCCACACCACAGCCCGCUACCAGUAACCGUGUUUCUAAAACGCUGCUUGCGAGUGUGGCCUCAACUUCGAGGACUCACAACAUACUGGAUUUGCAAACGGAGAACAAGAGUGAAAAAAUUUCCGAGAGGGACAAGAACUUCGGGCAGCAAGGGAAGCCAAAAGAGCACGCAUCAACAUCCAGUUACUCGAAGGGUAACAAAGUGGGCAGCGUUGACAGUUCCAUCGACACUACUCACGGGGUGAGAGACAGAAUAACCAAGAAGAGGUAUACUCCAAUGAGUAAAGACAAUCAACAGAGAGUCUUUGAAAUUUAUGGGGUGCCACACAUUGUACAGAAACGAGUGAACCGCGAACCGAAGCGAAUAACUUCGGGUGAAGUAUAUCUGUUCAGACGGAAGCUCCCUGGUGGUAGUCGGUGGGCAAGCGAACGUGAAAGGAAAGAUCAGUGGCUGGCGAAUUUUGGAUUUCGUUACCGAACUCCGCCUAAAUCAGACGCUAGAAAAAGAUAUCAUUAUUCGUCGCCAGAGCAGUAUUCUACUCCUUCACAACAUAGUUUGCGUAGCAAUUUGUCUUCUACGAUAUCAAGCAGAACAAGUGGCGAAAACACGUUCAAACUUGGGAAAGCAGACAGUGUUCACGCACUCAGUCCUACGUUCAGCACAUACAGUCAUUUUCCGCUAGAUAGAGUUAAAGCUUAUUAUCGAGAAAAAGCGGGCACUAGCCCUGGAUUACACAGGAAAAUAAGGGAAGAAACUAAAAACAGAGGACGACUAACCUACAGGAUAGGACAUGUGUUACAUAAUCUCAGACUAAUGCAACAAGGGAAAAAGAGAGCGCAGGUGGCUGGAACAGGCCGUUCAACGGAAAGUCCCAGAGUGAACCAGCGCGUUGGAUUCAGAGAUGGAGGCCGGUUCUCGCUCAGAAAGACAGUUUCCGACCUCGAACAUUACGAAGAAUAUGUAAAAUCGGAUCCCAUUUCAAAAGAACAGUAUCCUUCAAUCGCGAAACGAUCAUUUAGUUUUGUUCAACCCAUUUUAUCUGUUCAUCAAUCCUCGACCAGUUUACCCAAAACAAUAGCGAAAACCAGACGUCUUACUGAAGAAGGGGGAAGUUCGGGCGCACAUGUUCACAAAACAUCUGAGGACAGAAUUGGCUUUGAUGCUUCCAAAGACAGGGAUAACACUAAUAAACCUUUAAAAGAAAGUAACAGCAUGACAGGUGAGCAAGACUGUAAACAGAUGUCCCAUGAAAUAGAUGAACAUUUCCAUGGUCCACUAAAUCGACGAAGCCAUCAGUUAAGAGGUCCAAUGAUGGUAAACGCACAACAGAUUGGAAAAGAACAACUGACAGAUCACCCACGAAGUGGCAAGCAUCAAGAAGACAUCGUAAUGGACCACUACGUUUCUGAUUUGACACUUAAAGAUUUGGUACUGUUUUCUGAACAAGACUCACUCACCUCAGGCCUAAAGAAACAAGACUAUUCUCCUACUGAACGGAUUUCCGUUACAUCACCAGCACGUUCUAUUACUGAAUUGUCGUACGGUUCUCUGAAUCUGCCACCUGAAUACACGUCAGAGCACCAUGUUGCCGCAGCAAUAGGGCAGAAAAGUAGUGAGUACAACACAACUAAAAAUCUUUCGAUUUCCAUACAAAGAGAAGGAACGGGCUACCAGAGAGAAAGCAGUGAGAAUCGUGAAAUAACCGCGGAAAUAUCCCACGAGAAUGCCACAGUAAAAGCUGUGAGCACCAAAGAUAUGUUAGAAUAUCCCAAACAAGAACCAGGGAAAGAUUAUGCAAAGCGACGAAUUCCGAGCGACCAAUUAGAAGGCGAGACGGGAGGCAUAAACAGGACACCAAGCAGACAGAGAGGAAGAGAAAAAACCAGUACCGGAGAGCUCGAAAAGUACAAGGACCAACCAGAAGAGAAAUCAAGUGUGGUAGAUAAGGACAAACCAACUGCAUCCGCACAGCGCAUGACAUCCGAAACACCGCUGCCAGAUCGGGUUACUGGACAACCCACGUCUAGUGAUUUAUCAAGCAGGUCGGAGCAUCCUGACAACCGACUAGACGAUGGGGCUAUUGCUCCUGGACAGAGAAGCGACGCUAAAGCGCGCGAAAUAUUCAUGUAUUAUCCUGAAGAGCAGUCUCGGCCUCUUGCAAAUAGCAUUGCACAUCGAUUGGAUGAGAAUCCCGCACAAGCCUUAUCACGUCUUGAAACAGCCACCAUAAUCGCACCAAGUGCUGGAGAACAGGGUGUGAUGGGAACACUUGAAGAUGAGAUGGGAGCUCCAAUUUCCCCAUAUGACAUUGGGGAGCCUGACGCUCAUCCAUCCAGACCUAUGGUAAUGGGGUCAUUUGAAGGGGAGAGAGCUGUCUCGGAUUCAUUCAAAUCCACGGUCCCAGAAGACAAGCAUCCUCGUUUGGCAGACCGUGUCAAACCAACUGCAUCCGCACAACGCUUGACAUCCGAAACACCGCUGCCAGAUCGGGUUACUGGACAACCCACGUCUAGUGAUUUACCAAGCAGGUCGGAGCAUCCUGACAACCGACUAGACGAUGGGGCUAUUGCUCCUGGACAGAGAAGCGACGCUAAAGCGCGCGAAAUAUUCAUGUAUUAUCCUGAAGAGCAGUCUCGGCCUCUUGCAAAUAGCAUUGCACAUCGAUUGGAUGAGAAUCCCGCACAAGCCUUAUCACGUCUUGAAACAGCCACCAUAAUCGCACCAAGUGCUGGAGAACAGGGUGUGAUGGGAACACUUGAAGAUGAGAUGGGAGCUCCAAUUUCCCCAUAUGACAUUGGGGAGCCUGACGCUCAUCCAUCCAGACCUAUGGUAAUGGGGUCAUUUGAAGGGGAGAGAGCUGUCUCGGAUUCAUUCAAAUCCACGGUCCCAGAAGACAAGCAUCCUCGUUUGGCAGACCGUGUCAAACCAACUGCAUCCGCACAGCGCAUGACAUCCGAAACACCGCUGCCAGAUCGGGUUACUGGACAACCCACGUCUAGUGAUGCCCAAAGCACUUCUCCGCACCAUGGAAACUCAGUCGACCGUGUCUCUGCGGUCUUCUCUGCUUCUUGGAAUAUCGGAAAAUAUGCUGCCUAUGGGAUCAGAGUUACGAGGCGUUGCUUGGAUGAUAUAUGUGUUCCAGUAGUCGUUGAUCCCCAGGGUGUUAGCCUCUGUGUAUUCAAACUAAUGAAUUUACCGGAUGCAGCGGACGUUUUGGAGGAAUAUGAACCCACAUUAUUUGACGAAAAUAGCCCCCUGGUUAUUACAGACAGUGGUAUAUCUGAAUCCAUCGCUGUUUCAAAUGGAUUUGUUCUGUUGUGUCAGGACGUGAAUAGUGUAGUUUUGAGCGAGAUUAAUGAACCGAUUCUUGGGUAUAUAUUUGUGCCUUCACAAAGUCACAUGUUUGACGAAGAGGAAUCUAAAUCCGGAGUUGACAGGAUAACUUCAAAGGACAUUCUUUUCACUCCUCGUGUUUCUGUUGAUCCACAAGUAAUCGAUUCUCAUUCUUGUGUCCCAGACCUACAGGGACGAUUUACUGAUUUCGAAAAGUCUGUUCCAUCAUUUCCAAAGCAUCAACUAGAUUCCGCGAAGUUUAAUCAGGGUCCACUCUGUCAAUCGGCUCUACAGGAUGACAAGAAUGUAGCCUUGUUUCCGCAGCAAUCCCUACUACCAGAGGCGAGAUUUCGCACAGAAAAAUUUCCAAGUGAACCACUAUCCUUAGACAAUUUGCUGCACGACCGUACUCGUGACACAUUAUAUUUGCCCACAUCUGAAUAUAAUUUAUUAAUUGAACAAAUGCCAAAUGAAUCAAGUGGUCUCGAAAAAGAUUCAAAAGCAGAUCACCACGGUCUUCAAGACUCUUCAUUUGUCUCAGCGGAUGCAGCUACUUUUUACGCUGACGUGAAGGCGAAUCACGGAACGGAUGUACUCCAUGGAUUGAGUGUGGACGCACAAGUACAAUCUGUAUCAUUGCCGUUGCCAAACGAACACCAUUUCAUUCGGACAGAACAGACGAAUUUAUCACCUAGUGAACUGGAUGGGUUCAAAGUGCCUCCCCAAAAGCCCAACGGAGUAGAAACACUGAGAACUGGUAAAAUUCUGGGAGAGAAACGUGCGGUGGACCAGAUUGAAAUGUCAAACCAAGCAAAAUCACAGACUGACUCAUCUUGUCAGGCUGCUCCACCUACAGCUGACCAAUUAGCAUACCCCGCCUCAAAUAUUUUUACUUCGUCCACCGGCAUAGUGUCUUCUUCGAUGCAUUCCGUGUCACCAGAUCACACCACAAACUCUCCACAAGCGCUACCAUCUAUAAACAACCCAUCUUCUCAGUUGACCGAUGUUUAUUUGGCUUUUCUUUGCCUACCUACUGCGUGCGCUUUAAUUUUUGAACAGUUCAUGGGGGAAUCGGCCUACAACACCAUACAGUUUGAACCCAUUCUACUGACUCCGCUCUUCAAUGUUCCUACACUAUCAGGUCAGUUGCAAUUGUUGAUGGCUUAUCCAUUUGAUAUUCAGCCCGUUCACUCGGGAUUCCCAUUUGAUUUACUAUACGAAGUUGUUCCAGUUGAAACGACUUACGGUACCACAUGGAGACAGGAAACAUUUGGACCUCAGACUAUCGGAAAAAGUAUGCCAGGUGACUUUAUCCAUCAUGAUCUUUCCGAGCAAAUAAGCUUGGUGCCUGAGAAAGUUGCUACAGCUAACGAAGUGGGGGUGGAUGGUUCUGUGGAAGAUCCUAAAAGAGAUAAAGCAAUGGAGGAUGAGAUUAGUUCACAGGUCAAAAAGACUUCCUGUGCAACAGCCUGCCAUCCACAGUGCUCGCUGUCUUCCUGUCCAUUAACGCCACAUCACGAGAGGUUUAUCGGGAGUUUGAAUAACCUUCCGGACAGUCGUGCUAUAGACGAGACAAGCUCUGUCUUCGAGGCAGUAAAAGAAACAUCCUUGGUGUCACACUCAAAAUCAAGAUCAGUAGUCCAAGCAACUCAUGAACGAAUCCCAACCUCCGUCUUUGCAAUGAAGCCAGGGCCGACCAUAAACCAGCAAGACCUGUUGUCAUUGGCAGCGGUUGACCGUUUCCAUUCGGAUAUUUCAACGGCUGCUGGCGUAAUUCGAGAAGUUCACUCUAACAUGGGUACUGAUCAAAACUGUGGGAGAAACCUGCACAUUGAUUCGGCAGCCACUGGCGAUGUGCGUCAAGAAAUGUCUGUCACCAAAACCGGAAAACAUCAGCUGAAUAACCUGAAACAUCAGUGUACUGAGAAGGCUGCUGACUCCCUAGUUGCUUUUGAUGUGACCAGUCAUCCAUCAGAGACACUCCUUUCUGAUCCAGGCACGAAAUUUCCAAGUGACGUCAAUGGGAGAGAUGUUUUUGUGCAGGUGCUCAAGCCCUCAAAACAGCCUACAGAAGUAGAGGAUGCCAAAAUUAAGAUCACAACUGUAAUCCAGUUUGGGGACCACGAAUAUGAUCAAACUGGACGGUUACUUAAUGCGCCCGGACACAGAGGGGCAUCAUCCGAAAUGCACAUAGCUGCACCAGCAAACGAGCUGUUUAAGAUGAAUGAACCUAUGGGUCCUACAGCAGUCAUACUGACACGGAAGACAGAGUGCCACUCACUGUCUCGGCGCAGACAUCCGGAAUGCAGACGAGCAUUGAACUCCUACUGUUGCCCUUUGGCGGCUGCCCCGGUUACUUCGCAUUUGAACGGAUACCGAUUCCGCGCUGCCCCGGUCCUUCGCAUUUGA